UUUAUUUCCCCUCAUAUUACUACUUGAUACACAUAACAUUUAUCUUGCUGUGCAGGAGGCGGAACUCGGGGAGCCUCUCACCGAGGUGGGAGGGUGGCAGAAGAUGAAGCUGAAGCAGCCCGAUCUGAGCCAGCCUCAGCCCUCGCUGCCCGAGUACUACGGCUUUGCCGAAGAGGAGUUGGACAAGUACUGCUCGGUGUUCAAGGGUCUUCAUCCGGAGGUGGAUGAUCCUAUUGAGCAGGAGACCGACUUGACGGCGAUUAUGGUGGCGGGGAGCGGCGCGGAGCAUGGCCGCACGAAGCUUCUUAGUGGGGUGAUCAAGCCGCAGAGGACCCUCACGCAGAUCAGGUCUACCCUCACCGCCGGCGACCCACCGGUCGCGCCUCCUCGACACCGUCGUACGGAUGCUCACUUUGAGGCCGCCUACGCGGCCGCUUAUGAGAACUAUUUGACGGUUGUAGCAGAGUGGGACCUCAAGAGAGCGGCUUGGGAAGAGUACCAGGAGGCGACGAGUCGUGCGGUCAGGACGUUCUUCCAGACUGGAGAGAGGAUCGCACUUCCGGAAGAGGAGCCACCUAGGCCGGGGCCGACUCCAGUGUGCCCAUCGAGGGAAGCUUUCGCGGCCACAUACUACGCACGGACUCCGGGCACGGGAAGUUCGCGGAACCGACCCUCUCCUGGUUCGUCGCGCGAGGGCACACCGAUGCACCCCGGCCGCCAUUCUCCCGGUGCUUCAGGGUUUUCACCUGCUGGCGAUGGUUCAGGCCAUGGUUCUACUUCGGUCUACCUCGACAAAGGCCGGACGCCUGAAUUUACGAGUCGGACCCCCCGAUCUUAGUUUCCCUUAGCUAGGUGUCUAGCGGGUGUGCGUCGAUCGUGUGUGCCAUGUGUCGACGAUGUAUGAUGAUUGUGUGUGCUACAUGACACAUAUUUGUAUCACGAUGAUGUUGUUGCUAUA